UUUGUGGGUUGGUCGAUAACUCUGAAGGUUCUCUAUCGGAACGAAGGGCCAUUUGUCAAGGAAAUGAUGUUGGGAAACGUGUGUGUGUCGCCACGUUCGGACAUCAUCAUCAUCAUCAUCUGAGAAGUUGUCAUGACAACAACGCAUACCCUAAUAAAGUUUCGAGCUACUAUUGUUGUUUCCUCCUAUUCUUCGCAACACGCUCGUCACAGCCGUGUCAUGAUGAGAGAAACACACGGACACUGCUACACCAAUAAAACCCUGGAUGAUUGCUUUCGCGGUCCUGCUUGUCCGGCCCACUCACAGUUCCCUUUUGAGCAACCUGGAAAAGAAAAGGAAAAGCAACCUGAAAAGAAAGAGAAAAGGGCCAUCUGGCAGUCCAGUAUGGACAAGCUAUGAAUGUUUCCUGGUAUUUUUGAUGAUGCUAUAAUUUGCCCACUGGUCCUUUUUCCUAUCCAAAAUGUACGUGCUGUACGCUGCAAGUGGCGACGAAGAGGUCAAUAUCAAGUAAAAAUCCUUUCUCCACUUGGCCUGAUACAUCCCUUUUCUUGUUUAAAAAAAAAACAACAAAAAAACAAAAAAAAAGACGUCGAUAGAGCGGCAUUGUUGAGUCUGCGCGCUUGCGUUGCACGCGCAAAACUUCUUGUUUCGUCCAUGUUCCAGCUUUCGGAGACUACAGGUGUCUUGUACGCACGGUCGUGGACUACACACGAGACCUGCCAAGAGGUGCGGAGUCUUCAUCGUGCGACGGAUGCAACAGCAGCCAGUUAAAGAAGAGAUUACUCCGCCGACGGUUCUUUUACAUCAGUGUCUCCCAGCACAACGUAAUCCAUAACUGCAUCGCCAGAAGACUCUUUUGCUUCCUUUCCUGAUGAGUGGCGCCGCCAAGAUCGCGUGAUGAAGUUUAUUCUCGCAUUGUUCGUCUACCCGAAAUGGAAAUGGUCCGAGCUUUCACCACCAGACUGCCGGUGGUAGGGGCGACUGGAACGACGUUACAGAGAAACAUUACCAUCUACGUUCUAGUAGCGGGCAUAGCCGGUGGGCUGCUUCUUAUCCUUGCCAUUUUGCUCCUGUGCAAAUAUUGCUCUCGUUUGCGAUCACGGACCAAUAGAGGAGAAAACACGGCAAAUCCCGUUGUGAGUGGCUGGGGAACUGAAGUAUCGGUGGCCUUAACGAGUGGUGGCAUCAGCAAAGUUCAACAUCGUCUGACUAGUGGCAACAAUAACAAUAAAUCGAGCACAGCGUCAAACGCGACUGGCACAGUACUAACAACGACGUUGUCACCGGUCAGUUCGUCGCCGGCUCCACUAGCGUCCUCGACUGCCGGACACCAACAUCUCACUAAUAUUGGAAGCAGCGCUAGCAUUAGUCCUUCGCCAAUCAUCAAAGACGACCUUAGUGACUCUUACGUCAUUCAGGUGGAACCAAUUCGCGUUAUGGCAACGUCACCGUCAUCGAUAAUGGGCGGAGCCGACUCUUGGGCGUCGGACGAAUCGCCAACGACGCAUCGCGGAUUGUUGACCGUCAAUGAGGAACUGGAUGGAUGGAGUCGUCGCAUUCAUCAGCAGAGUGUCGAAGAGUCCGUCACUGCCGGAACUAACGACAGUCUUAGUGUUUCACCGGUCGUCUCGAAAUCAACGGAGAGCCACCGGAGGAGUUUACGCCACGCCGCAACCCAUGACGACGGUUCGGCAAACUCGUCAGCCGUCAGCAAACGACGUCUUGAUUGGCGUAAUUCUCAUCGCAAUUACCGGUCAGCGCCGACGGCCGCUGCAAGCCGAGAUUCCUACGCGCUCAACUACGACACGCGACGGGCACUCCGCAAUUAUCACCAGCGCAGCAUCGAGGCUGCGUCCGCCUAUCCGGCCACUCCUGCCAACCGUCGUGUGUUACAUAAACGAGGUGGAAGCAUGAGAGAGCCAUUGACUGAUAGUCUAGACGCGUCGCGUUCGUCUUCUACUGCAGCCGUUGUCGAACUAACAAGCGCCGGAAGCUGUUUAGCGUCGACGGGCGUUGCGCAACAACAGCAUCCGCGUUGCCAAAUGAUGGCCAGCCCGGCAACGAAACGUUGGCGUUGCCACACGGUCGACUGCCCUUGUUCCAACAACGUGACAGCCUCAGCCGUUAACAAAGAUCUGAUAUUGGUGGAUGGUUCUCUGACGGCACAUCGUCAUUCCUUUCCCAGUAGCGGAGAUCUACUGGCCAGCCCGUCUUCUUCUUCUUCUAACCGCCGUCGUAAUUACCAACAGCACCGAAGUGAAGAUCAACACAGACGGACCAAAGAGUCAUUGUAUGAUGGCUACUUGAACCGAUCGGAGAGUCUUGACUGGGCCGGCUUCCAGACUAGAAACAAAGCAAUGACGAGCACCAAAAGAGACGAACCGACAUCAGUCAUUACUGACAUUGAUGGAACUGGUAGUCAGUUGCAAUCGUCGUCGGCCGGCCAGGUCCCGCGCAUUACUAUCCGCUACAACGAUCCUGGCAGUCUAGAAAGCGUCAAUGAAGAUAAUUUAUUUUUCUGUUUGGAAGCCGGAAGCAAGAAUGAAUUCCGCCAACGUUUGGAAAAGACCAUUGACGCUCAAUAUCGACAAGUUUGGGAAUUAAGAGCCAACCUGGAGGAACAUAAUGGUUUUUACGAACCGUCUUCCCCCGAACCGGAAGCAAUAGCCAAUAACGUGACGAGCGAUGUGGAAUCGUUUGAUUCCAAUUCGGAGAGCUUGGCCAGUGAAGAGGAAGAAAUUCGAACGCGAAAUACGUACGCGCUGAAUCCACCGAACCAGGACGUAUCAGCAACUUGUGAGACGAAACUACAGUCUCCAACGACCAUGUUACAUCCGCCGAUGUCGAGCGGGUCGUGGAAAAGACAGUCGUACCGCAGUGUUUCCAUGAAUUCCCGAUUGCCACGCCAAACUGGUCCGAUAAGUCCGCUCCAGAAGUCACCCCAACAACAUCCGCAAAGCAGUUUUGAUUCGAUUGACACGAUCGAGACGUCUUCCACUGAACCCAGCCGCAUGGAUCAAGUAACGACUAGUUUCGAAAGCUCUGCCACGGACAGCACUAAUGGCCUAGAAGUGACGUCGAUACAGCCGUCAGUUAGCCAUCACAGAAUGCUAGCCCUCCGCAAUGAUAGCGGUUACCGCAGUCUCGAAUCUGCGGUUGUUCCGGUGUCCGGAUCGACCAAGACGGCGACCAAUGCAAGGAUAAGUCUUAGCGAAGAUGAUUUAAUUGAUCCGCAAUCGACGGAUGCAGCUUGCCAAUGCAAGAGUCAAGUGCUCCAUGACGAAAUGUGCGAACGCCAGAAGCCGAUCGUUUUCGCGCGUUGCACUCGCUACGGAAUGAAAGUUCGUUCCGCUUCAACAUCUGCCCCGCAUUCUUCUUCGCAAUCGCUAGGGUGGAAACAUCAACAGCGGCUUCAUCAACAUCAUUCCCAUCAAUCGUUGACUAGGGAUUACAGCAUCGAUGAACGCACGGACGCUUUGUUCCGAGAAUUUAGCCGAUGCGAUCCGGUUUUUGAUUCUAGUUGUAUGAAAAACGUUGGCGGAGGAAGCCGUCCGGAACUGCAAACAACCGGACUUGGACACCGGAGUCGUUGGAUCAACCAACAUCAGCGGCACGAUGCUCAGCAUCACUACCAGCAUCGAUUCAUUUCAUCGGACGCUAGCGAAUCCCUGCUGCAGCAUUGCAGCCUUAAAGAAUAAUUUGAUACUUAACUCAUUCCAUUUUUCACAACUCAUUUGUUUUCACCCUGUUGAAAUUGCGGUUCAAUUACGCUUCAUAUCAAGUUUCAUAUACUAGUCCAUUUUUAAUCUGCGACUUCUAUCCUUUUCGGAAUUUGAACAUUUUUUCCUAUAUAUACAGUAUAUAUAUAUAUAAUGUUUACAAUUAUUAUGGGUUGGUUAAAAAUCUCAUAUCUAUUACAGUAUAUACGCACACAACAAAAAUGAUAUCAUAACAUGGUUUUUUUGGCAAAAUUUUAUUCAUAGUCCUUAGGCGGUAUAAGAUAAUACAAACAGUAAAGAGGUA